AUGGUUAGGCUUAGCACAUUCAUAGCGACGAUACUGUCGUCGACAGCGCUGGCAUCGGAACUCCUCAUCGACACCACGAGUGGUCCAGUGGAAGGCUUCUACAACAGUUCCUCCGUUCGUGCGUUUCUAGGUAUACCAUACGCCGAGCCAGCAACGGGGCCACGCCGAUUCAAGCCUCCUGUGCCUAAAUCGCGAUCUAACCAGACCGUUCAGGCCGACUCAUUCCCUGCGACAUGUCCAGGGCAGUACACCUUCUCCAAUGAGUCUAUCUGGAGUGUCCUACCCUACAUGCCGUGGAACACGGAAAGCAUGUCGGAGGACUGUCUUGCGAUCAAUAUAUGGGCACCGAAAUCCAAGAAAGGAAAUGGUAAAUCAGCGGUGAUGAUGUUCAUCUACGGUGGUGGGUUCACGCAGGGCGGGACAGCGAUUCCCUUCUAUGACGGGACGAACUUGGUCGAGGAUCACCAGGAUAUAGUUGUCGUUACCUUUAACUAUCGUGUCUCUAUAUUUGGGUACCCUAAUGCACCGGGCCUUGAACCUGGACAGCAGAAUGUUGGACUUCUCGAUCAGGUACGUUAUUACACAAAUAUUUCCAUGUCGCGGAAGGCUAAUGAAGUCAGAGGCUUGCCGUUGAAUGGGUCCACCGCAAUAUCGCCCAAUUUGGCGGAGAUCCUUCAAGAAUCAUGCUGUUUGGCCAGAGUGCUGGAGCGGCGUCUACGGAUCUGCACACCUAUGCGGAACUAA